AUGGUCGAAAACACUGUCAGUAAUAACAUUCAAAAUAUUGUUCAGCAAACUGUUGAUCAAAGAAUGGAGAGUUUAAAUCAGAACCCACCAGAGUGGUUCACUAACCAAAUGCGUGAAUUAAAGGAAGACAUGGAUUCUCGCUUCAAAAUGUCCGAGUACAAGCAUGCAUGUUUAUACAAUAUGGUCCGGAGAAUGAAUGGAAGUCCAGCUGCUCCCGUUCCGUUCUUGAAUGUGGAAGCUAUGCUGGAUGAGUUNUCCCCAAUUGGCUCGGUUGAAGAUAUUGACUCAUUGAGUAAACAAGAAUGCCAAACGUACUUGAGAGCAUACAAUGUUGAGUUUCAUCCAAAUGAGUCUGUCAAAUUAAAAGGAAGGUUAAGAGAUGCAAUAGGUUUAGCAACUCCUUAUGACAGGAAGUUUCAAUUCAGAAAUUUUAUAUAG